AACCUACCCGUCCGCUUAUAAAUACUAUAGAACUCAUCUGCAAUUCCUCUUCACUUUCUCCUUCUUUAUUUUAAUUUUCACACACACCAAACACACCUUCAGUCAGCCUUAAGAGCUUUACUCUCAGGUAAAGGGCAACAAAAGAGUGUUUGGUGCUUAAUUGUGUGUGUGAGAGAGAGAGAGAGAGAGAGAGAGAGAGAUAAAAGUGAUUGAUUAAGGAGAGGAAAAAUGUGUUUGGUGUUCCUUUGUGAAGAAGAAGAGAGGGAAUUGGGAAGGCAACAAGCUCCGGGAUCAUGUCCUUACUGUGGAGGGAAAGUGGAAGCCAUGGAUGUUGAAAGAAAAUGGAGUUUCUGCUUUCUACCCAUUUGCUAUAAAAUCAAGAGAAAGUUUUUCUGCUCUCUGUGUGCCCGUCGUUUGGAAUUGUGCCACUGAAAAUUAGGGAUUCGAAGGUCCUAGAGUUGCCGCCAUUUCCAUCCAUGCCUAUAAUCCAGACCAGGAAAAGCUUCAGACGCAGAUUUUUUCUUCUCCUUCUCUUCUUUUUCUAUUUCUUAAUUUCCUUUUAUCUUGUAAAGAUUUAGAGGUUUGUUGCGUUUUGCAUAAAGGAAUUUUCAUGAUAUUCAUUAUAAUUAAACAUUAAUUCAUUGUUUGAUCUGAAA